CAAACCUGUACUCCAACAAUACCACUAUCACCAAGUCACCACCUCUACCUAGCCGAUUCCCCACCUUCUUGCGUCUUACACAAAUUUGAACUCGACAACCGCUCAAAACCUUCAAUCAUCCCAACCACUCUCUUUAACACAUUCCUCACCGCAACCGGAUCCCUUUUCGCCUUCAUCUUCCUCGCCCAUCGCGCAUUUGUCUUUCCCUGCUGCCGUGUCUUCGUCUCCGAAAUCAAUCAUAACCGCCCAGGCUUGACAUGCCAAGCCGUUAUGGAAAUAACAAUGAUGCAGGACAAUCGCCCUGUGCUCUUCGAAAACCAGGUCCCCGGCUCAGUGGAAAUACUGCAAGCCAACGCCCGCAAAACCUUGUUCUACACGACACGAGAGAACCAAUCGAGAACGUCGAAAACGGCGUCGUCUGCGGACAUGUACGCGUGCAACAUGUGCAUGAGCCACGGUCGGCUUUCUGAAAGUCGAUGCCUUUACUACGCGGGGUCGAUGAUGCAGCCUAAGAAAGACCUCGUGUGUGGUCGAACCAAGCUUGAACUCGUCGUCGUAAGAAUUACAUCACGUGUCGCGGUUCUGGCUCAGUCACAAAACUACGUGCCUUGUAUUAGUAUAAGUAUUACGCAGCUUCAAUGCCCCAGGCCAACCACACGCUCCGCAUCUCCUAGGUCGCCGUUAUCAUAUCCUCUCAUCAUCCUAGCUCAUAUUGGUGGCAUGCCGACUUCUAUUCUCGACCUUCCAACGGAACUCAUCCUGGAGAUCAUCCAUUCGGAGGACUUCACAAAUGCCACUAUCGCGUACUUUGGAAUGACUUGUCGCCGUUUCCAUGACAUAUGUCAAGUUCUUGUUCUGGAGCGCCAACUUCCCGUACUGCGCGCAUUAGCGAGUAGGCGUAGCCUCCUUAUCUAUAAGAACUAUGGAUCAAUCGCGAUGAAAGAUGAUGAAUUAAAUGACGUGAAGGAGAUAUUUCAAGCUUCAUUCCACAAAAUCGAAUACGUCCUUGUCACCUUCACCGUUGAGGAAAUCGCAAGCGUUCACGGAUUUAUUUUUCACGCCAACGCUGUUGGCCAUAUUGACAUCAAACUCGGUUCACAGUUAUACAUGUCCAGCCUAGCCGAGAAAAAAGAUUGGUGCCAAACGCUAGCUUCGUUCAUCAGGGUUUCCUCGGAGAAGGAUAUGGCAAACUUGACCAUCACGGGUUUACCCCACGGCGAGCGACUCGGAUACUUCAAACCCACGAUACCCAUUCCCGAAACGCCAUCAAGUCCCUUCAUCCCCCUGCCCAUCACCAAAUCGUCAUCAAGUGCUAUAAAGACCUAUUUUUCCUUUCUUAGUCCGCUUAAGGGCCGCUUUUUUGGUCUUAAAACGCGGUCAGGCAGUAUUGGUACUCAGCCCAACCGCCAUGUUGCACCGGAAGGAGAGCGACUCUUCAACUUCGGUACACCCCUAGGACUCAAAAGUUUUGAGAUACACUCCCCCCUCCCUUUUCAUGGAGCAUGCUUUCCGCAGACCCUACGAGCUCUGAAUGGUGGAUACCUUUCCAGAUUAUCGCUCUUGAACACAAGACUCCAUAUGUCAGAAUGGAGUCACAUACUGCCCCUACUUUCCAUGCCUCUCCUGUCCGAAUUUGAUGUUGGGGAUUCCGACAUUGCUUUUCGCGACCUUUCACCAUUCUUGCUGCGUCAUUCAGGCAUAACCCACCUCGACCUGUCAUGCAGUAGUCCAAUCGGAUCAAUCGUGCCCCCGGCGGGCUUUCUUCCUCGCCUUGAAGUGAUCAGCGGAAACCCCAACUAUCUUUCAGGAUUACUUUCCAUCCAGGGACACUUCCCAAAUUUACGCUCCGUCGCGUUGACGCGGCAUCCACUGCGAGCCAUCCAGCACGGAGCUCUCGAUAACAUCUUGCGAAAUUUGGGAGAACGUGAGAGAGGAACAAUCCGCCUUUCCAUCGAAUUUUCGAACCCAACCGGUCUUACAAAAUGGUUUUCCAAGGCAGAACCAUUUUCCCUGGAUUGCGUGAAAACGUUAGAGAUUAUCAGGUUCGGAUUCCUCAUUUCCUCAGAGAUGUGCGACAGCUUCUUUUCUUGGGUAUCGGUCUUCCCGUACGUCCAAGACCUGGAUUUGACGCAGUUGGUUCCUGGGGACCCGAAGAUGUGGACCUGGAGAUUAGAUGCGUUGUGGGACUCGUGUCCGGAGUUGCAGUCAAUCAUCGUCAAGAGAAAAACUUACCGGCGGCCUGUGAAAUCAGUUGAGUAA